AUGCGUAAGACUGAAGAGAAUGAAUUUAUGUAUCUGUUCAUCGCCUUAAGACCAUUCAUUAGGGGAUUUAAUUACUGCAGACCAGUAGUUGUUGUGGAUGGUGCACAUCUGAGUGGAGCUUACAAAGGGACAUUUGUAUCAGCAAGCACACUUGAUGGCGCAAGUUGCAUAUUUCCAUUGGCAUAUGGUGUUGUUGACACCGAAAAUGAUUGUUCGUGGACAUGGUUUUACGAACAAUACAAACAUGCAUUUGGCGAGAGAAAAGAUAUGUGUGUUGUUUUAGAUAGAAAUGAGAGUAUCAUGAAGAGUGUGAGGAUUGUGUUCCCAAAUGUACCUCAUUAUGCAUGCAUCUGGCAUCUUUGGAAGAAUGUAUGUGGAAACUUCAAAAGGAGCAGAAAGGCCAUAAGUGAUCUAUUCUACUCUAUGGCCAAGGCAUAUAGAAAGGAAGAUUUUGAUAAGUUGAUGGCUAAGGUUGAUAGAAUUGAUCAAGGGUUAAGGAGUACCUUGAAGAUGCAGGUUACGAAAAGUGGUCAAGAGUUCAUGCAACAGUAA